AAAAAUUUGUCCAUCUUGAUGUUGUGCCAGGCCCAUCUGGAGACUAUUUAAUGGUUGCUCAGAAAGUGAGAGUCCACCAGUCCAACCAUCCACCAACUCAACUUCUCCAGUUGAAGAGCUUUGCAAGGGAAACCAGAAGAUGGGACUUUCCAUGUACAUCGGCCUCUGUUGCCUUGGAAUCUUGAUCACCAAUCCUUUUUUGGGAGUCAAGGCUGCGUCAUGCCCCAGAGACUGGCUGCAGAAACAGGGGAACUGCUAUGGAUAUUUUGAUGAGAAACUAAAUUGGGAUGCUGCUGAGCUUGAGUGCCAAAGCUUUGGUCCAGGAUGUCAUCUCGCCUCUGUUCUCAGCCACCAAGAGUCCUCACUGGUGUCUGCAUAUGUCAAAGACAAACAGCAAUCACUUAAUCACGUCUGGAUAGGACUCCGUGAUAUCUCUGGGAAAGGGCGAUGGAGAUGGGCUGAUGAAUCCACCUUCAACUACAAAGCUUGGAUGCCAGGGCAGCCAGACAACUAUAACAAGAAAGAGCACUGUGUGGAGCUGUCAUGUAAAACUGGUUUUAAAUUGUGGAAUGAUAGGAUAUGUACCCAUCUAAAUGCCUACAUCUGUAAGUACCAGCUGUAGAGCUAUCCAGAUGAAAGUAACCGAGAUGCAACCAGAACCGACUGCAAAAUACCUGCAAAUUUGAUGGACGCCCUGUUGAUUUUACUGGAUCUGAUCAGAUCUUCUCCCUUCCUAGCCAACAUUUCCUCUUAGCAUAGACAACAUCACCAUUAUCCUGUUCUCCUGACUUUUCUCAAUAGAAAUAGAAUAUGAAUAAAUUCUCUGUAUCAGAUAUAUAAUGCAAAGUUUCUGGGAAUAUUUCUGUCAAUUUUUCAAUUUUCUCAAUAGAAAUAGAAUAUGAAUAAAUUCUCUGUAUCAGAUAUAUAA